UUCUCGGAUAGGAAGUGAUCUGACCAUAAUUUAUUUUUUAGCAGUACUAACAACUUAUGAUGUCCGGACAACUUACUAUUACUUCAAAAGUAGAUAUGCACUAAAUCAAAAUACCAGGUAAAGAUUGGGUUCCGGUUAAAAGUCAAUAAAACAACGGACUUUUGGCCAUUCUGUUUCAGACUUCAUCCCGCUCCAGAAUUUACGUCACAGGCUGCUAACAGGUCUAUAUAGCUACCAACUAUCAAAGAUGAACAUGUCGAUAAUAGUGAUUGCCUCUAUAAUGUCAGGCCUUCUGGUGGCCCCAUCUACAGCUAACUGGCUCGGUUCCGAAUACUACAGGAACUGUCCGGAACAUCUGUUGGAAGACAUGAGGGAAAUCGAGGCCAGUGGUGCGCAGGAUGGUGGUGGUUGGCUUGAUCGCGGGUGGGAAGCCAUUCAAGGAGCAUGGGACAUGCUCCGAGCUUACAGUGACAUGCGUGAGGCCAACUAUCGCGAUUCCGAUAAGUACUUCCACGCACGAGGUAACUACGAUGCUGCACAGCGAGGUCCCGGAGGAGCGUGGGCAGCUGGAGUCAUUAGCGACGCCCGGGAAACAUGGCAGGGUGACGUCAGCGGUCGUGGAGCCGAGGAUACCGCAGCUGAUCAAGAGGCUAACGAGUGGGGACGUAACGGUGGAGACCCCAACCAAUAUCGUCCACCCGGACUUCCUGAUCGAUACUAACCUGGUUGGAAAGCACAUAUCAAGUCGACACCCGACAUCAGCAUGUGCCGUGAUUAGACAGUUUUCGCAUUUACUACGGACCCGCUCUCUACAACGCCUGAUCCCUUUGAAUAUGCAAGUCAAAUUACAAUGGAGAGGUGAGAGGCUUUUGUCGAAAGUUGUUAGACUGCACAGCAGAUCAUCUGAAGAUUUGCACCGGACGUACGAACAGUUGCAAAUAUGUCGUUGGACGCAUCGUUAAGACAACACUGCUGUUCCCGGUUCAUCAUCAACUUUCGACAAAAGCCUCUCAGCUCCUCCAUCAUGUCCAUACAUGUGAUUUGACUUCAUUUUUAAAGGAAUUGGUGCGAUGACGAGAUAGCGACUCCGUGAGG